AGUUUCAGUAUGCUAAAUGAACAUUAAUGCCAUGAAGCAGGGCUUAACCCUCAAAUUAAAUUUAUAUCACCCAGAAAAAUAAAACCGGUUUGACAUGACAGGUGUAAUUAUGGAUAUUGUGUAUCUUAGCAACGAGGUCAACCUGACAUACAUUAUCCUUAUAUAUACUCAUACAGUGUCCAUGGGUUGCAACAAGAUGUUUCAUUUAAAAUAAAAUCAAUCUCUGCGUGAAUCUUCAUACUGAUACUUAAAAAUCCACAAACAAGUUAUCGUAUUAGUAUUUAGAACAGACGAGGUCGAACUGGUUGUCCUCUACUAAUUCUGAAUUGAGGAAUUCAAAACAUGUACAAGACGCAGUUAAAGAAGAUUUCCAUGUCUUCGUCGCUGAUAACAUUGGUAAAAAGUCCACAUACAGUGUAUGCAGACAUUUGUUUCAACGCCAAGUAGUGCCAACGUCAAGAUAAAUGCAUAUCGGUUCAUAUUUCUUCAGGAACCAGUUUUCAAUUGAUAUUUUGAAUGCAAAUUGUUUAAAAAACAUCAACAUCCCAUUUACAGCCAUCUAUAGAUACACAAAUUCAGCGUGACCUCCUUUUCAAUGUUAAAUAACUUUACGUGAGAGAACUGUUCAAAUCUCUCGGCUGAGGAAUAAAUGGUAUGCCUGUCGGAGGAGCCAUACCUUUAAAUGCGUGCUCUAUUUAAUUCUUAAGACACUUUUUACAACGUACUAUAUUCAUUGCGAUUUGAGAAGAAUGUUUUCUUUGGUGCAGAAUAAGUCAUUGCAAAACGAAACUUGAGAUCUGGAUAUUAUUGCAAUAAAGCAUGGUGGAUUAUUUUAACUGGUAAGGUUUUACAUUAAUAUUUCAUUUCAGAGAUUUGAUGGAUACAUGUUUUGGAUUAUCUACCUUAAAAGUAGAACAAAUGGAAAAUUUGGUUUUUUUGUUUUUUUUUUUGCAAUAAAGCAUGCAAUGAACCAUGAAUUACACGUCCAACUUACAAAAUGGACGUUUUAGAAUAAUAGAAUCAAUAGUAUGUAAAACUCAACAUUUUAAUAGUACACUUCUGCAGGAAAUUUUGAUCUGAGUAACAGAUGCUAUAAUGUAGCUUAACCGGUUUCAGAUACCGAAGUUGUACAUGUAUUAAAAUGAUGGCGAAUAUCAUUAUAUAUGCUCUAAUAUUGCAGUUAAAAUGCCAUAUCAUAAAACGAGAAAUACCCCCAUUACUGUGCCAAUACCAAACCCUCAGUUUGGUGUUCAGCCUGUUGUAUAUUAUCCAUCCAAUCCAUGGAAUAGUUCAGCACGCUCUGAAAGACAAGAUCUGCGCCAACGACCCCGUCUUCAAUAUCGCACUUCAGAUGUCAGCGAUUUCAGUAGACGAAGUCUAAACGCUUAUUCUACUGUUCCUCCCUCUCCUCUUCCACCUGAAUUCGCCAAUCAUAUCCGGUAUCAACCAUCGCCAGAACCACAGAGAAUCUUGCGAUCAACGUCUGCAAGUAAACUUCACUUGAUUGAAGAGCUAGUGGAUCGGCAAGAUUUCAUUCGAAAGCAGAUGAAAGAGACAAUCACAGGUUGGAAGAUAGUUGUCAAGGAGAUUCCGAAACCCGGAAGGAAGAUGACGGUGGAUGAUCAAAUGAAACGAAUCAGGGCGCUCUGUGGGGAUAUAAAUCAACAUCUUCAACGAUGGAAGGAUGAAAUAUAUAGGAUUACAGGAAGACGCAUGAACACUACCAUGUCCACUUCAGUAACGAGUGAGAGUGAACUGAAGGAAGCCCUUAAUAAACAGACAAUUGUGAGCGAAAACAAGAGCAGAGAAUUGAACAACUUGGAUGCAUAUGUAAAAGAUGUCAAAAAAGAGAACAGCCAUUUCAAAGAGAAAAUAGCUGCCCUGGAAGUAGAUUUACGGAGGGUAUUACGAGAAAAAGAAGAACUUUUGACAAGACUAAGUGAGAUAUCAGGAUCACGUCUAACUGAAGGCAACGUGCAAUUCACGGACCUAAAUACACUAAAUAGACCCACCAAGAUUGCCGAGAGUUUCCGAGAGCUGUAUAAUAAUGAAUGGAUGACGGCGUUAGAUGUGCUGCCGAAUGAUGAUCCUUUAACAGAAAAGAAGUCCAUAUCCACUUUGCUUUAUAUUGCACGGUCAAGUUAUGAGUAUUGUGAAAGUGAAAGUAAGGAGAUGGAAAAGAGGCUGACAUUUGCCGUAUAUGGUGAUAUCGAAACAAAAACUGAGAUGAACGAUGAAAGUAGAAGAUUGAUUCAGCAGCUUCAAAAGUCAACCGUUGAAGUUAUGACACCUGGAAUAGCUCAGAAAUUCUGCAAAUCUCUUGAUGUUGACGAAAAUUUCGAGCACCCUCUUCCGGAGAGUGUCAGAAUAUAUGCUACAGAGUGCGCAAAGAUCAUGUGGUGUAUGGUUGUUCAAUUGCCACCCAUGCACAUUGUUUGCGAGGGCAGUCAUGGAAAGAAAUUUGACCGCGACUUGUUUUCAGAAUACACCCAACAAGGAGAAAAUCUAGAUUUUGUUGUAUGGCCUGCAGUUUUGAUAGAAAAUGGAGGUGCUUUGUUAUCCAAAGGAGUCGUGCAACCGCUUAAGCCUGUAUAAAGCGUGUAUAUGUACUUAAUAUAUUUUUCAAAUUCAUUACUUUUUGUUUGUGCAAUAAAACAUAUAACCACGAAUGAAUUAGUUUAAGAAAUGAAAUCACAGUUGUGUAUUUCAAAUGUGCUACUCAUAUAUUUGUGACCCUACACUACUACUUAAAACACACGCACAACCAUACACACGCACGCACCCACCCACACACAGAAUGUCUUUAUGACGUCAGACUAUUUCAAAACAAGUUUGAAAUGUAACGCCUGGGGAUUUUGAAAUGAAAGGGCUUGCGUUAAAAUUUAUCUUUGUGAUUUGCGUUUUUAUAUCGUUUAAUACUUCAUAUAGGAAAUAAAACUUACUAAUUAUAAUAUAUACGAUAUAUCAUGUAAUCAGGACCAGUAGAAUUAUUAAGCACAUUUCCGUUUAGUCUGUGGGUUGAACAAGUGAAGAUUUCUAUGUGUUUAUUUUAUCUUCAGUUUGCUGGUUUAAAAUUCUGCGGACUUUUAUUUGUUUGUUUCCGUAGAAUAAUCUGAAAUGUGUAUAAAGUACAUUGUGUAUGUAUAUUUACCAAUAUUUCUGCAAUACUUUUUUGAAUGAUAGAUAUGCUAAACAGUUUCUGUAUUCGACACAACAGUGUUUAAAUUGUACUAUUUUUGAGUGCUGAUAUUAUAAACGCAACAAGAAGUCCGUAAUGGUGCCUCUCGAUGCGUUUUAAAGCAUGCUGCUAAAACCAAAUGUUUAGAAAUAUUUAGCUAUAAGUCUAUGUAUAAUAAAUUCUUUAAAACCAACA